AUUCUUCUUGUAUUAUUUGUUAUCCCACCUCUAAUAAUCCUUCAGAUCAAUUCAAAGCAUUUUGGAAUUGGUUCAUUUUUAUUUCUUCUGCAUAUCAAUUUUCUCGUAUAACUACUGAAAUAUUUGAUCAAUAUAUUCAUAAUUUUAAUAUCCCCAUACAAACUAGAAUAGUUGAUCGACUUUUAUCUAAAGAACUUGAAAAUUUCCAAAAUCUAAAAGAUUACGUAACUACAGACUCCAAUACUGAAACAUCUGAUGACGAAGAACCAGACCUAAUUGGUAACUUGAUAAAUAUGAAUAACAGUCAA